GGUGCGCUGAGGAUACUAUCUCCGGACCAAUGCUGUGGGGGCCCACCUAUUCUCGUAUUCUGUUUACCUUUUUUUCCCCCUUUUUUUGACACCUCUUGUUUGUAUAAUUUAUAGAUCUGAUGAAGGUCCAGGUAGGACCGAAACGUCAUACUGUUUAACUAUUGGAUUGCUAAUAAAAUCUAAAUCUACUUCACCGUGAGAAGUGGUGUGCGAAGUUUUUUCUUUUAUAUGUACGUAAGGAUUGGGAUUCCUAACUCCAGCACCCACGACAUUUUUGAGAGUGACGUAUUUCUGCAUUGAAUAUACUUUCCCUAUACGGUCACUUCAACUGAAGAAUGGCUAGUAACGUCUUUCAUUAUGAUCAAGACGAGACCGACAGAAUAAUAGCAAGGACCACUCUGUCCAGUGAUUUUCUUCAAGUUCCAUCAUAUGAAUUUCGCACACGCGAACUGGAACGGGAGUCUCGACAUCUAGUGAACCUCGAACUCCAUUGUGCCACAUUAACAGAAUAUCUGAAAGUUCAUAGAAUACCACGUGGACUUCGUGUUAAAUUGAGACCCACAAUCUUCAGCGACAAGAAAGAUUAUUGUGAUUUUUUUAUACAAAUUUUGAACAAAUGUUCAAAUGACAUCAUGACACUUACAGUGGACUUUCUGCAAAAAGAAAUUAAGCUGCUACAGGAUAAGGUGAAAACCAUUGAAGCACAGCUGGAUACCGCUCUCAAUCCAGAGGAAUUGACCAGAACAAAAGAACGAUUGACGAUGAAUCUUGACAAACAUAAGAAAGACUCAGAAAAGAAGAAAAGAGACAAAUUUGUCCGAGAUACCGAGGACUAUCUACAGAAUCAUGUGUACAGAUGGCAAGACCCCAUCAUCGGACAGAGACCCUAUUAUUCUAAUAGAGGAACAUCACAAGAUACAUACUCAUCAAGUUCCGAGGGCAAUGAAGCCUACUAUGGAAGAGGUCGUCCCGGCGGGAGACGCCGCCCACAGAGAAGGAGGGGUGGGUUUGGAGUUCCGAACAUAACAGAGAGUACCACGACUACUAGAUCACAGGUGCGCUGAGGAUACUAUCUCCGGACCAAUGCUGUGGGGGCCCACCUAUUCUCGUAUUCUGUUUACCUUUUUU